UCCGUUUCAUAGUUUUCCGAUCUUAGUUUUACCUUUAUUUACAAAUGGCGACUAAAUCACACAGCCUUGAUACCCGUUCCGAACUGAAUGAACUUGUUAGAAGAAGAGCUGAGAUAGCGGAUACUUUACAUAAUUUGGAACGACAAAUUUAUGCAUUUGAAGGGAGCUAUUUGGAGGAUACACAGUUAUAUGGAAACAUAAUUAAAGGAUGGGACAGAUAUCUUACAAAUACAAAAAGCACCAACAGCAAGGCUGAUAAGCGAAACAGAAAAUUUAAAGAAGCUGAUAGACUAUUUUCUAAAUCAUCAGUUACAUCUGCAGCUGCAGUAGCUGGUGUUGCUGAGCAAGAAAAAAGGGAGCCUGCAAGUCCAGAAUCUAAUACUACAACACCAGCGGCACAAAUCAAUGGUGCCAGUUCACCUACAGGAAGUACAGCAAGCAGUGGAAACCAUGGCCCAGCAAAUAAUUCAUCUGGAAAAAUUCUGAAAACUGCAAAUACAAAGCACAAAAAAUCUACUAAAAGCAAAGCUAGAAGCAGGUCUGAAGGAAAACAGAAAAAGGGUAAAGACUCAAAUAGCUAGUUGCCAUGGUUGAUGAGCUGAGACAGCACACAGUAAUUUCUAGUGAGCUUGUUAAAAGAUAAACAUGCCCUCUGUUUCUACUAUUAGUAGUUUCCUGUGCUUAACAAGAUGUGCACCAUUAGCACUCUAUAAAUUAAUGGGAAAACUGAAAUACUACUAAUAUUCAUGGUACUACUAAGGAUAGUUUAAUGUAAUGGUUUUAAAAUGCAUUUGAAGUAAAAACUGUCUUACUCAUUUUAUCUCUUUAUUUUAAAUACAACUUAGUACUACGUUCAUAUAUUAAAGUUGGAUUUCAAAUAGAUUUUGACAUAUCUUAAUGUUGGCCCUUUUAAACAAAAUUCCAAUUUCGAAUUGCAGAUAACAUUAUUUUAAAAAGUUUUAUUUUUUUAAUUAUUUCAUUUAGAAGUACUUUAUUUGUAAAAUUGUAUUGUUUAUUUAUAAUUUGGACUGUAUAUAAAAAAACAAAACCAUAAUCCCAAAAAUAUAUGUUUUUGGUGUUGAUGCUUUUCAGAUUUCACAGCAGUUUAUUUUACAUUGAAUCAUUAAAUUUUAAUGCAUUUAAAAUUAUUUCUGGGAGCCUCAGUAAAUUAAUUAUAUGCCUA